CGAGACCUCGACCCACCACGUGGUCUCCGCUUCCACCCCCGCCUUCGCUCCGUUUCUCUCCACCUUUCAUUCGAAAAACUCGCUCCCUUGCUCCGCGUUAAAUUAUAUAUCGCGUAUUAUAUCGUUAUAUCGGACUGGAAUUAUAUAUAUAUAUAUAUAUUCAUUGAUUCAUCUCGAAUGCUUGGAAGAAGAUCGAUCGUCGAUGGUGACGUUUCCUCGUGUUGUCGACGAGAGCAAAACGGAUCUGUGAUGUUGAUCUGUGAACCGUAGAAAAGGGUGGUGGAGAACGUGAGAAGAUGAUCGAAGGGUGAUCGGGAAGAAAAAAGUAGGUUUGCUUUGGGAAACUUUCUUUUUCCGAGUGGUGGGGAUUGUGUCGGAUCGGGAACCCGGUACGGGACGGUGAAGCGAAGAUGAGAAAGGAGCUGCAGAUCUCGAUAUGCCUGACGGCCCUCGUGUUGACGAUAGCCGCCGAGGAGAGGCCGAGGAACACCGUCUCGGUGUCCUCCGGCACGGCUUCGAUCCAGACCAACACGAUCCAGAAGCUGAUCAAGAUUCUGGAGAAGUACGGGCUCGAGGAGCAGAGGGGCCUGAAGAGGGUCUACCUGAGCAACAGAUCGAUCACAUGCAACGACGGAUCCCAGGCGGGGUUCUAUCUGCGAAAGUCGCACGGAUCCAGAAGGUGGAUCAUUUUCCUGGAAGGUGGAUGGUAUUGCUACGAUCACAAGAGUUGUAGGAACAGGUGGCUCAGGUUGAGGCAUCUGAUGACGUCCACACAAUGGCCUGAGACACGCGACGUUGGCGGCCUAUUGUCGGCGAACCCCGAGGAGAACCCGUAUUGGUGGAAUGCGAAUCACGUGUUCGUUCCUUAUUGCACGAGCGACAGUUGGAGCGGAACCAGAGCUUCCUUGAACGAUAUGUUCUCCUUCAUGGGGGCAGAGAUUGUACUGCAAGUGGUACGAGAUCUCGUACCACUUGGCCUCGAGAACGCAAGCUCCCUUCUUCUUGCUGGUAGCAGCGCGGGUGGAACCGGUGUCAUGUUGAAUCUGGAUCACGUGCACAAUUUGGUUCACCACGAUCUAGGCUUGAAGCACAUCGCGAUAAGAGGCGUAUCCGACUCAGGAUGGUUUCUCGACAGGGCUCCGUAUUCGCCGAACGGUUUAUCACCGGUUGACGUUGUUCACAAGGGAAUGGAACUCUGGAAGGCCCGAAUGCCGCACAAUUGCGUCAACAAACACCGAAACGAACCGUGGAGAUGUUACUUCGGCUACAGGCUGUAUCCAACGUUGACCGCCCCCUUGUUCGUUUUCCAAUGGCUGUUCGACGAAGCUCAGAUGUCGGCGGACAACGUGGGUGCACCUGUGACCAAGCAACAAUGGGAUUACAUACACAAAAUGGGCGACAGCCUGAGACAGACGUUCGAAAACGUUACAGCGGUCUUCGCGCCAAGUUGCAUCAGCCACAGCGUUUUGACGAAAAGAGAUUGGCAAUUGGUCAAGAUAGACGAGGUCUCUCUGGCACAGGCGUUGCAUUGCUGGGAGCAAAUGCCAAUCGGAAAUCAUCGAAACGUCACUCGUUCGCCAAUUGAGACGAACCAGCCGUGCACAAAGUCGUUGCGGAAGUUGGUGCGUUCCGGGUUGACGAAGGGAAACGGAACUUCAUCCGAGGCAGGAAGAAGCGGGAAAGGCGAGUCCGUGGCGGAGUUGCAGAAAGUCAGGGGCCCGUUGAAAUCGGUCACGGGGAAAACAUCGUCGAACGCGGUGGUGCAGGACAAGGAGGGCAAGAAGAGGAAGAGGAGGAAGCACAAAGGGAAACGCAGGGAGAGGAACAAGGAAGCGAGGUCGAGGAAGGAGAAGCACGAGCGAAGAAAAGCUACGGGUCGGCGUAAGGGUAACAAGCAGAACAACGACACCAACCACACAGGCAUGUUCAACGGGACGAGGCCGCAGCGGUCUGUGAUACCAUCUGGCAAACGGAAGUGUGUUCAGGGCUGCCACUUCCGGUUAAUCGAACGUUGCACUUGGCCGCAGUGUAAUCACAGCUGCCCGAAGCUGCACAACCCGUUCACCGGUGAGGAGAUGGACUUCAUCGAGUUGUUGAAAAGCUUCGGCCUCGACAUGAAGAGCGUUGCGAACGCGCUCGGCAUAGACAUACAAACGUUGAACAGCAUGGAUCACGACGAGCUGUUAAAUCUUCUUACGCAACGGGCGAAUUAACUCGUCGCGAAUGUUAAGAACUCGAAUAAUGUAAUUCAAUCCGAUGAUGACGAGGGAGCGAAGAAACACGAGCUCGAUGAAGAAAAGACUUUAUUGAAAUCUUUGUACAUCUUGUAUACUUCGAUCGAUUAUUUUAUUAUUAUUCUCGAUCGUUUUCUUCGUCGCGUUGAGAGCGAACCGAAGUUUCUUUCGAAUCUUCUUUGACGAAGAAGAGAUCGAAAGAAGAAGAUUAAGAAAAAUCGGAGAUUAGAUGUUUAAAUGUCUCUGAAAAAACGAUAGUAAUGCAGAGACUGUUUGUUUCAAUUUUUCGGAUCCUUGUUUGAGUGUUUCGAGGAAGGGAUCGAUUGAAUUGUACAUAUACAUUCAUUUGUUAGAAUUUUUACGAUAUUUGGAAACCUUGGUCGCAUUUGGAAUCGAGUCGAUCCAAGUUUUUUUUAGAUCGAAUUCGCCUUCGGCCAAGUUACUUAAUCCAAUGAGAAUUUUUUUUUUUUUUUUUUUUUUUUUUUAGCAACGAUUCUCGUCGUUCUUGCGCGUGUGAAGCGAUAUAUUUCACACCAUCCUCGCGAAUAGCCAAGUAUUUUAAUUAUUUAUUUCGUAGUUCGUAAGGCAGAGUAAACGGGCAUAUAAUCAUGUUGUUACGAAUUAAUUUACUCGUCCUCGACGAUCAUUCGUCGAACGAUCAACUCUGAUCAGCCAUGAGGCUUCACUUCCCAUUUACCAAAACAUCUUUCCUUCUUCAACGUUUGUACCUGGUCAAAUGAGAGACAACAGCAUAUUCGCGGAACAAUUUUUUUUUUUUUUUCUCGACUCGGCAGUUUCACGGAUCCACAAGCGAUACUCGAUAUCUUUGGAUUUUUAUAUUGCUGGAGAAACGUUGAGAAACGAAAUCUCGUUUCGGUAAUCGAACGAACCCAAAGAUAUUGAAAAAAAAAUCAACACAACUUAGGUUUAAAAGAUUCUUGUACAACUUUGACCAAACAUUCUUGAAACGUUUCUUGAUCCGACUCUUCCUUGGAAGGGGAAUUUUGUUACAUUAUUCAUUUUCCUGUUUCGAAAUUUCUGAAACGAUUUAAAAAUAUUUAUAUUUAUAUUUAUACGUCGAAUCUUUUACAUAUAUACGUUCCGUUGUUACAAACAAACACAACGAAGAAAUUGGAACUCGAGACGUUAACAUUGUUUGUCAGAGUUGAACAGGAUUAAACAAAUUAAGUGAAAAUAUUCAGGCUGAUUCGAUGGAACGCGCCGGAAUCGAGUUUUGCGAAUUGAUGCCAAUAACGAGCAAACCGACCGACAAAGCAGCUUCAUAGACUGAUUAAAUUAUCUACCUCAACGAAUCAAAUCGUAUUAACGUCCUUCUGUGUACUAUAAACGCCGAUUAAAAGAGUUUAACGCGGCAAAGGGUAAUUAAAGAGUAGGUCGCGCGCGCGAGCGUGAACCAAUUCAUCGUCGUAUCUAAUUGUAAUUCAAACAUUGUGUAAUAUACUAAUAUCGAACUAAUUAUUUAUUUGACGCGUGAGAAGGUGGUUCGCGCGACGAUCGAUUAGAAAAUAAUUUCUUCCAAGCGUUUAAUUUAUUUUUCACGCAAAACGAUCGAGAUCGAUCAUCUCUUCGACGCUCUCUCCUCUUGCGAGAGAGAAAGAGAGAGAAAGAGAGAACAUUGUUACU